UGCUGGUUUUCCCUCUUUUGAAAAUAAAAUUUCCUUCUCUUUCCCUCUGCUAAACUUAAGCUAAAAAAGAUGAGCCAUCCUCCGGGUCUCAAAACGUGCAUGGGCAAGAAGCUUCAAAGUAAGUUAAAACCCCUUUCUACUCUGAAAUUCUACCCCUUUUCUCUGUUUCCCUUUAAUUAGUUUUGAAUCUGUAUUAGGCAUUAUUGCUUUCUCUGUUACUGGGUAUUUCUCAAAGCACAUUCUUUUGAAAUUUAGUUUAGUAAUUGAGCUUUGUGUGACUAUUCACUUAAUUUUGGUGCAACCUACUCGGGGUUUAAGGGAUAAAAGUCUAGGAGUUUAGUCUUUAGGGAACAUAAGACCAAUUAUGUCGUCUUCUUCUCUCGAUAAUCCAGAAAUUUCGAGGACGGCGACUCACAAUUUGAAACUCAAUAUGAUAGUAAGCUCGCCCCUCUAUACAUUCGAGGUGUGACCUAGUGGUCAAUGAAGUGCAGAGAUAACUGAGACCUUCAAAUUUCAGUGCAGAUCAUCUGCCUAAGACUUGGCGGACAGAGUUAUCGUUACCUAUGCUGGUGGGAGGUAGUUGACAUCCGGGGAAUUGUCGAGGUGCGUGCGAGUUGGCAUGGACACCACCAUCAUAAAAAAAAGAAAAGCCCGCAACUCUACUCUUCUCCAGUUAAAUACUAAGAUGGGCAGGGUCCGAAUCCGUGAUGUGGGCCUCAUCCAUAAAUCACCCACUGAACUCUUGCCACUAGACCAAAGCCUUGGGCAAAUUACCUCUUUCUCAUUUUGGUCUUUCCUUUUUCUUUAUUCUUUUAAUACUUAUUGAGACAGUAAAACCCUGUCUUUUCCCUUUUAACAAGCUACUUUUUGUGGAAUCCAGAUCCAAAGUAACGCUUAAAAACUCUUAAAGAACUAUAGUAAUGUGAAAAAAAGGAACCAAAUUACAUAUAGCGCAUGGUAAGCAUGCGCUAUAUUAGCCAAACGUUUCAGCUUAAUGAACGUUUGGUAAUGUUUGAGGCAGAUCAUUCUGCAUAUAUUCUUCAACUUCUCUUCCAUUUUUCUCUCUUAUUUAGUUUCCUCUUUUAGAUUAGUUAUGUCGCUGGCGUCCCAAAGUUCAAUAACAUCCACAGAACCUGAUGUUUGCCAUUGUGGACAAUACCAUGGACAGAGUGAAGAAUAUGACAGUGACUACCCAACAGCGCGAAUGAGUCAGGCGAUGAAGUACCCUUUGCAGAUUCAGAAGAUGAUGAAGAAGAGGAGCCAACGCCUACAUUUUCAUAUAUCACAUGAAGCUACAGUUGAGAUUUCCGAUGAGAAUUCUGUGACUGCGCCUGCACCGGUUAACAGGAAAAGGCCACGUGGUGGAAACGCUGAACGAUGGUUGGAGGAGACGAGCUGGUCCUCAUUGACAUUUUACAUGAGAAUAUGAAGAAACAUGAGUUCAAGUCUUAUAUCAUUGCUGCAAAACGUUGGAGAGACAUUAUUGACGAGUUUUGGGCUAGAACUGGCAAGCGCGAAAGAGAUUCAGUGAUCACAAGAAGUUCAGAUAUCAUGGCCUAAAACAUUUUAACGAAUUGAAUGAAAUGUUCAAAAAUAUUUGUGCCUUUGGCAAUCCAUCCAGUUGGUCCAGUAAGUCCCGAGUUUCUGACAGCAAAGAUCAUUGACUGCAUCAAGGAAUAUCUUCAGUGGAAAAGGGAGUAUGUGGAAUCACUGUAGUCACAGUCACUAUCUGACGAUUCAGAUAGCGAUGAUGAGGAUUUCAUUCUCUAUGCAGCAGCACUAGCCGCGGACCUGUAAGACAAUAAAGGCUAGCAUAACGAACGAUGUACUUCCUGCUAUGGUGCAAUGUGAGUCUGUGAAUUACUAAUAUCUGUUAUGCAUGUAUGAAAGCUUAAGCUCCUUUUGUAACAUAUUUCUUCGACUAGUUGAAAUGAUGCGACAGAUUAAGUUGUUGCUAAAUGAAAACCAUAAUAUUUGGGUUUCAGUUCACGAGUCACAGGCCAUUUUCUUGAUUGUCAUUGCACAACAUGAUUGUCAAUGAU